AUGGGAGACAAUAUAACUUCUAUCACGGAGUUCACCCUAUUGGGAUUUCCCCUUGACAUGAGGAUUCAGAUGCUUCUCUUUGGGCUCUUCUCUCUGUUCUAUGCCUUUACCCUGCUGGGGAAUGGGCUCAUCCUGGGGCUCACCUGGCUGGACUCCAGACUGCACAGCCCCAUGUACUUCUUCCUCUCCCACCUGGCCACCGUCGACAUAGCCUAUGCCUGCAACACGGUGCCCCAGAUGCUGGUAAACCUCCUGAGGCCAGCCCAGCCCAUCUCCUUUGCUGGCUGCAUGACACAGACCUUUCUCUUCUUGACUUUUGCUGUCACAGAAUGUCUUCUCCUGGUGGUGAUGUCCUAUGAUCGGUAUGUGGCCAUCUGUCACCCGCUUCGAUAUUCUGUCAUUAUGAGCUGGAGAGUCUGCAUCAUGCUGGUGGUGAUUUCCUGGACCUUUGGAAUCCUUCUGUCUUUGAUUCAUCUCAUAUUACUUCUACCCUUACCCUUCUGUAGAUCUCAGAAAAUCAAUCACUUUUUCUGUGAAAUCAUGGCUGUUCUCAAACUUGUCUGUGCAGAUACACACAUCAAUGAGAUUAUGGUAUUGGCUGGGGCAAUUUCUGUACUCGUGGGACCCUUCUCCUCAAUUGUAAUCUCAUACGUGUGCAUCCUCUGUGCCAUCCUUAGGAUCCAGUCUGGGGAAGGUCAAAGAAAAGCCUUUUCUACCUGCUCAUCCCAUCUCUGUGUGGUUGGACUUUUCUAUGGCACAGCUAUUAUAAUGUACAUGGCCCCCAAGUCCCGCCACCCUGAGGAGCAGCAGAAGAUUCUUUUCUUGUUUUACAGUUUUUUCAACCCUAUGCUGAACCCAAUGAUCUACAGCCUGAGGAAUGCAGAGGUCAGGAGUGCCCUGAGAAGGGCAGUGUGCAAGAAAAGCCAUUCCCAAUUGGAAUGACACUGGAACCACCAGCCUAUGUGCUUAUU